UUCCUGUCCUUGAACGUUGAAUGGCGAGCGGCGUUCGAACUGUGGCUCAGCUUGCAUUGGCUCGCUUGGCAGAGCUCGAUCAAGACCAUGCACAGAGCGCGACUGCGUGCAGCAGACAGCUCGCGACGCUGCUGCAUGUGCUGCUCGACCAGUCACCAGCAAGCGACACCCAGCCCGACGCUGCUGCUGCUGCUGCUGCUGCUGCUGAUGGACUGGCGCCGUCGCCAUUAUUGUCAUCCGCACCAGGCAAAGGCAAGAAGGCACAGCAGGGCAAGGCCCCAGCCAAGCGGACUGCUGCGGGCAUGAAGUCCACCGCGACGGUCGUCGAUCCAGUCACCGCGUGCGUCGCGGCGGUCAUUCGCGCGCCAAUGUCGUCGUCGUCGUCGUCGUCGUGCUGCGAACAGUGCGAGGCUGCCGUGGUCGAUACACUGGUCUCACUGGUGCUCGCUCAGGACGUGUCGUCUGCGCUGCGGAAACAGCUCAUCAAGCUCGUCGUCACUUGGCGCGACGUGCUGGGCGCGUCCAUGUCCAAGGCGCUGAGCCACGCCAUUGCCGCUCGGCUGGAGCGACUGCCGCAAUCGCUGAGCUUGGUUCAGUGGGUCUGCAAUCUGAACGAGCUUCGGGUGGAAACAACGCAGGCCAUGCAGUUGUCCAUGGACAUGUACCUGCCAAAGCUUGCCCGGUAUUUCGUUCAGUGCGUGGAGCAUGCGCUGCUGCCAGGUGGCGUUGCAGUCAUCACGACACCAGACUACUCGACCGCUCGCAUGUCCAUGGACGAGCUCUCCACCGAGGUGUUGGAUGCGAGCUCGCUGUUGGCAUUGAUUCUUCGAAAACAGCCCGGCGUCCAUUCGCUGGUCGCCGCCCCAUCGGUUUCGGAUCCCCCUGCACUUGCUGCGCUCACCGAUCUGGGCGCAGAUCUGUUGAACAGCUGUCUUGUCGUCACUACCCAACUCGCGCAUGUCUUUGCUCAGGCAACCAUGAGGAGUGUGGGCGUUCUGCUCGGCACGCUCUUCUCCAUUUGGUGUGCAGCCAGUCCUGAUCAGCUGCUGCCUGUGCUCUUGACUGACUUGCUCGGAAUUACGCCGUCAAGCCAUCCAGCAUCGACAACAGCAGCAGCAACAGCAACAGCGACGGCAGUUGCGACGACGACUCCAAUUGCUCUCAAUCCCGAUCUUCUCAAAGGGACUGCCCAGCUCCUUCGGAACGAAGGCUCUGCAGAUGUGCUCGACGCAGGACUUGCCAUGCGACGUGUGGCUUUCUGUGAUGCCAUUCUCCGAUCCUUGCCACUUGAUGUGUUUUUGACCACAGUCUCCUCGUCGCCGGACAGUCCUCCGUUGCUUGGCCGACUGCUUCCUUACAUUGCCAACGUGUAUCAAUGCGGCAGCUCAGACCAACGGUUUCUCGCAUCUGUGUUUCAGGCAAUGUCACUGUGGGUCUCUUCUGUUGAGAAAACAGCCACGCUGGCAACAGCAGCGGCAGCAGCAGCGGACAACACGGGCCUGCAUGCGAACGCGAUCGCACAAAUUGUGGGCACUCAGCUGGAAGCGUGGGGAAACACUGUCGUGUCACUUGCUGUGGGCAUUGCCGAAACGCAACAGGACGCCGCCGCUCGGUUUUUGAUUGGAAACAUGCUCAAGUGUCUGACUGCGGUGGAUUUGGCUUCAUCGAGUUGGAGCAGCACAGCACAUGCUCCACAGUCGCCCGAUCGAGCGCUGGACGCCGCGUUGAAAUUUUCCUCGCAGCGGCUACACUCCAAGCUCGCGAUUUUGAUUCUUGUCGAGGCUGUCAAAUGCGGGCAUCUUGGUCGCAUCACGCAUCACCUUCCCAAUCCUGCCGCCGUCGCGCUCAGGAUUGCGCUGGGCGAGCAAACACUGGCCUCGGUUGCGUCGCUUUUAUUCGCCUCCAUUGCACACACUGCUCCUCAGCAGCUCGAGCUGUGGUUGGAACCCUUGAGGGCGGCGUUUCUCGACUCGGCGCAUCCUACGACCAGUCCAGCUGCACCGCUUGCAACGAGCAAUGUACGGCCGUUUGGUUUUAGCGAUCCAGUCGCUCUACCGCUGUUGACCGAGCAAGUGUUGCCCAGGCUGCUGGCAGAGCAUCGUGAUGGCAUCGUGUCGGCCAUUUUAGCCAUUCCCAAUUUGUCUCUUCUUUCACGGCAGGUGGGUCCGCUCACCUUACUACUUUCCACGCUAGUUGCAGCCAGACGCCUGGGCCAUUUCGAAAAGACUGCCUUUGAACCGUCUUUGAGCGAAUCGGACGGCCUGCGAAUUCCCGGGCUCCUUCCACUCGAAUUGUACAUUUCCGCGUUGUGCUCCCCCAAUAGCCACUUGGCUGCGAUCGCCUACAGUCUGCUGCUCACCCCGAAAAUGGUCGCGGAUCCGGUCAGCGAGUAUGAGCUCUCGGCAUUGCAAGCAGCCCUCCCCGUUGCGAUGCUCUGCACCGAGGCUUCUCUCACUUCUCACGUUGAAGAGGUGGUUCGCCAGACGUUGAUGCGAAUUGCUAGUGGUUGCGGCAGCUUGAGUUCUGCUCUUCGUCUGAGCAAAAAGGAGUCGUCCGACCUUACCUCUGUCGUGGAGCCCCAAGCGUUGCCCUCAUUUGUGCGCUGGCUGUGGGAGCACGCGUUGCAAUCUUGCCAUCGCGCUGCUCCGCAUACACAACGCCUGCUUUCCUUCCGCUGGAUGCGCAUCAUCAUCGAGCUCUUUUCUGCAUCGGCGGCCUUCCAACACGACUUUUUCUCCACUCGUACGCUGGAGGUUGUCUUUCCUGCCCUUCACGACAGUUAUUCGACAGUUUGUGACUGCGCUCUGGAGAUUUUGUCCGUGUUUCCGCGACCUUUCCUGCGCCAGAGCCGGUUUGACGGCAACAGCCACGGGUUCCAACUAGAUGACCUCUUCCAACUUUUCGUGCGAUUGCUCCCGUCCUUCCGCAGCGCCGAGCUCGAGCAUGUUCCGCGACUGCUUUGCGUCCUCAGCUGGCACUUGAACCCGGAGAAUCCGCUCGAUCUCUCGCUGCUCUCCAACGCACAGCCAGCACAAGACGGGUGGAUGACACUUUGGACGCACCUGCUUGCUCGACUGGACGCCGCCAUGGUCGAGUUCAUCGCUGCCACUUCGGGCAGUCGCCCAGCAGCUUCUCCGUCCCCGGCCUUCAAGCGUCCUGCAUCGCUCUUCGAAAUUCCAAACCUGCUCGCUUGUUGCCGAGUGCUGCUUCGCGAAGCAAAUGCCUCCCAUCGUCUUCAUGCGUUGAUUGGCUGCGAUUUGCACCUGCGGCUGACCCAGCUGCUCCGCCUGUCCUUGCCUUUGGUCGGGUGCGCGGCACCAGAAGGGCAGUCGACCCUCGCUGAUGUGGACGCCACAUCAGACUCGACGACCACCGAUCGUCAGGACGACGAAGAGGAUGCGGCAGAUGACAAUGACGAAGAAGAGUUGGAAGCUCUCACCAGCACCAGCAGCAGCAACGGUAAACGCGCGCCGUCCGUGACGUUCAUCUUUCGCAUGUCACGGCAGUGCUGCCUCUUGCUUGAGGAUGUGACCGAGGCGCUCUUUCGCGACAUUUUUGCCACACCCAAUGCGCCGUUCGCGGAACGCACUGCCUUUGUCAUCAAGCCAGACGGAGUGCUCGACUGUCUCGCAGCAGAGUCGGUCGGCAUCCUCAUUGCAGCACGACACAAGGGCAGCAUUGGUAUUGGCGAAGGCGUUGUAUUCAAGCUUGCCGAACGGCUUUGGCGUCUUGGUGGCCAUUUGUGGGCGCGUGCCGAGUACUCCCAUCUCAGUCUGCUUCCCGCUGCCUGGCUCAAAAUUGCACUCGAGGCUGCGGGCGUGUCGCAAUUCAAAGGCGUCUUGGCCACCACGCCCGUCGAGCACCAGUCUGCCGCUCUCGACAACGUGCUGGCGGAAGCGACUGGCCGAAUUGCCAUCUCCCGCCGCAGCGCAGGCUUGCCUCUCUUGGUUGCAUCCUUGCUUGCAUCCAGUAUGUCUCGGAGCAUCCAGAGCGAUCUGUUGGUUCGUGAUGUCAUCGACUCGAUUCUGAGUGCCAUUCAGCACAAACUUGCCGUCGCGGUCGAAGCCUUGCAGCCGAGCCCUACCCGUUAUGAGGCCGCGCCCAUUGAGAGCAUUGUGCACUUGCUCAACAUUUUGCGCAUUUUGGUGCGCGAUGUUCGACUUGUAGGGGUGCUCCAGUCGUUCUUGGCGCGCAUUCUCGCCAUGGCGCUGAGUCUGUUUGAACACCACCUCUGGCCAGUUCGCAACGCAGCCACCUUGCUGUUUAGUUGCCUGCAUCCCCGCGUGGUUGGCUUUACGCCCCAGUCGACGCCUGGCCAGCGAGCAUCUUCCACGCUGGACGAGCUGUACCAGCGCUACCCGGACUUGCGGCGCCAACUGGAGGAGAUUUGCGAGAAAUCCAACCUCGACCACGGAUCCAGCGCUUUGCAUGCUGCAAUGAUGAUCUUGUGUAGCCUGAGCCCGCCGCCUCACCCAUCGCAGUACGUGUCUUCGGCGCAGGACUUUCUGGCGUCUCGGCAACCACUGGACGCGGCCAUCGUGCGUUGCUCACACAGCCCGUUGUUCUUGACUCGAUGCUCCGCUGCACGCGCCACGAUUGCGCUCGUGCCAAGCUCCGAGGUGUGCCAGUUUGUCUGUGCGCUGAUCGAGACGUUGAGAGCCGAGCGUCGCCAAAAUACCUUGCACGGCGUGUUGUUGCAGGUGUUUGAGGUGCUGUCGUGGCAUCUGGCUCGUUCCAGCACCGCGCAGAGCCAGCAACUCGCCACCACAGUCUGGCCCAGUGUUGCUAGUCUUGUGUGGCUCAUUCAAGCCACUUCAGUGGUUGCGCCAGCUGUCCAGACUUGCUACCUCGAGAUUUCUCAUCUUGUAGAGGCCCAUUUGCCGAAAGACCAACAUCUCGAUGGUCUUGACCUGCACGUGCAAGCUCGCGACACUGCAGCAGUAAGUGUAUUGCGACGCACUCCUCCAGCUUCAAGCGCCCUGGCUUCUGGAUCGUUGUUGGUGGUCGCUUGCUUGCGGUUGACCUCCGUCCAGACUUUGGCAACACAACUGUCGCUGGAUCAGCUGGAUGCCGAUUCUCUCCCUCUACUUUUGGAUCACGCCGCUCAGCAAGUUGCAACGGCAGGCCUCGACCCCUCUGUCUGUGGAAUCUUGCUCGAGUACUUGUGCGCGGUGUUGGCAGCAAACUUGAGAUCGCCUCACGGCCGACACCCACCUCUCCUGGCCUCCCAACUCUCGCUGUACACUGCACUUGUCUCUGCUCGCACGUGUGACUCGCUUGCACGGCUGUGUACCCUUCCGCAUGCAACAGUUCUCCAUGCCUGUUUGCACGAGUUUGAAGCCUCGGAAUCUGUGCGCACCCGAGCUACAGUGGCGCUGACACACUGUCUAGUUCAUGCACAUGUCGGUGUGGGCGAGGUUGGCGCUUUUGAAGAGCUGUUUGAUCGACAACUGACACGCAUUGCGCAGCUGGCGCUACCGUCGGCGACUGUUCGUGACCGGACUGCCGCUGCCCAAGCGCUUGCAGUCACAAUGGCCUCGCGUCAGCUGUUCUCGACACUGUUCACGACUCGACCGGCAGCCGCGGCUGCGAUGGUGCAUUCCGUCGUUCGUUUGCUUUUUGAUGAAAAUGGGGAUGUGCGUGAAGUCGCCAGCCAAGCGGUGCAGCAACUGAUCAACCCAGCGCUCCCGCCCAUGGUGCACAUUCCCGCGUUGAUUGCGUUUUUCGAAGCAAUCAGCGGACCCCGCAGUGAUGACAUUCAACUGGCUCUGCCGCUUUCGUGCUGGGCAGAAUUGAUUCUUGGCGCGCCUGGAUCUUCCGCGACCUUGCGUUCAGCCUCGGCCACACUGUCGGAUCUUCGCGCUCAAGCCUUCGUGCCAGAGGCCGCCAACUCUUUUGUGGACGAACUCGCAGUCGCCCAGUUGUGCGCCAACGCUUUUGCAGACCGACUUGAUGCUGGCGAACGAUUUUCGAAGGACGAGCAGGCGCUUCUUUCCACUCGCACGAGCCAGGUGGGUGACUUGCUUGCAACGCGUCGACAGUCUGGACUGGCAUUGUCGUCUGCUCCCCGCAUUGGAGCGGAAGAUACGUUUCUUCCACAGAAACGGUUUGCGUUGUGGGCGGGUGCGUUCCAGCGUCUGUAGUCCGACUUUGUCCAAGCGACAUUUCUCAUUCGAGCGCUAAUCUUCAUUCUCCAAUCCAGUUUGCUGCCACCUGUCUCUCGCCUAGUUUUUGAGUCAUGCAAUCUCUAACAACCAACUGAAUCAAUCUAAAUACGAACAUAAAAACCAUCA